AAAAAAAAUAAAAUUCUAGAAUAGCAACGUGAGAAAUGGUGAAAGGAGCAUCAGUACGACUAGUUUGAUAUCAUUUGCACCAUCUAUCUUCGUACUGUUGAAUCAUCCUCACAAUUUCAUCUGUUGAAUCAAUGGCGACUCCCACAUUAGCGCCUGGAUUAUCCAGGAAGUUGAAGAAGGUUCUAGAUUCUCGCAUUGAUUCUCCGGAACUUCUAUCUUCUCUUUCUACACUAUCAACCUUCUAUACUGACAACUCUCCUCAAGCUCGCCGUAACCUCAGAUCUACCAUUGAAAAGCGUUCUCUUUCCAUCAAUCAUGAUUUUCUUACUGCUUCUCAUUCUGCUCAACAGGCAUUGGAUCAAGUUGAAGAGGAGGUUAAUGCACUUGCUGAAUGUUGCGAUAGAAUUGCUAAGGCUUUAAACAGUUGUAGUGCUACCACUGGGGACAUUAUAAGUACAACAGAAAGACUAAAACAAGAUCUUGAUGUUACUACUCAAAGACAGGAGAUUGUUUCAUGCUUUCUCCGCGACUAUCAAUUAUCUAAUGAAGAGAUAAAUGCUCUUAAAGAAGAGGAACUGAAUGACAAUUUCUUCAAGGCACUUUCUCAUGUUCAAGAGAUUCAUGCCAAUUGCAAAAUAUUGCUGAGGACUCACCAUCAGCGCGCAGGAUUGGAAUUGAUGGAUAUGAUGGCUAUGUAUCAGGAAGGAGCAUAUGAGCGUCUUUGUAGGUGGGUCCAGGCCGAGUGUAGGAGAUUGGGGGACACUGAUAACCCUGAAGUUAGUGAACUUCUAAGAACUGCAGUUCGAUGUCUCAAAGAAAGGCCUGUUCUUUUUAAAUAUUGUGCUGAAGAGGUAGCAAAUAUGAGACACAAUGCCUUAUUUAGAAGGUUUAUAAGCGCUCUUACUCGUGGAGGACCUGGUGGGUUGCCCAGACCUAUUGAAGUGCAUGCCCAUGAUCCUUUGCGGUAUGUCGGUGAUAUGCUAGCGUGGCUUCAUCAGGCAUUAGCUUCUGAAAGAGAACUUGUGCAUGCCUUGCUUGAUCCGGAUACUGUUGUAGAUGCUGGGCCAACUGGACAUCAGUUAUCCAAGAAUUUUGAAAGUGAACUUGGAAAGGUAGAAUCGGAUUUAACUUUUGUCCUUGAUCGGAUAUUUGAAGGAGUUUGCAGGCCAUUUAAAGUUAGAGUUGAACAAGUCCUACAAUCCCAGCCUAGUCUCAUUGUGUCAUAUAAACUCAGUAAUCAGCUGGAAUUUUAUAGUUACAUGAUAUCUGAUUUAAUUGGGAGUGAAACAGCCCUUUGCCAAACACUCUGGACUUUGAAGGAAUCUUCUCAGAAAACAUUCUUUGAUAUUCUUAAAAUUCGAGGAGAGAAGCUACUUCGAUAUCCUCCUCUUGUUGCUGUGGAUCUUUCACCUCCACCUGCUCUAAGAGAAGGGGUUACUGUCCUCAUGGAAGUACUUGAGACAUAUGAUGCCAUGAUGAUUCCACCUUCAAAAAAGCCGGAAUUUGAUCCUGUGAUGUCUGCUUUAGUGGAUCCUAUUAUCCAGAUGUGUGAGCAAGCAGCAGAGGCACACAAAUCCAAGGGAGGUGGUCACUUAUCAAGGAGAACCAGGAUGAGUUCUGACUCCAAUCAGCUUAACAAAUCAUCAGUUGAUGCAAUAUUAAGUAGCAGUGAUACCCUUUCAGCUUCUCAGAGUACUGAGACACCUUCUAAGAUCUUUCUCAUCAAUUGCUUAUGCACCAUUCAACAACCACUGAUUGGACAUGAAGCUGCAGCAAAAUAUGCAAAUAACAUCGGUCAUAUGAUUGAAAACCACAUGCGUAUUCUCGUAGAUAAAGAGGUAGAAACUAUACUAAGAAGAUGUAAUUUGUUAAACAAGAUGCCCAAGUUUAGGAAAACAUACGAUGGAACAAGUGAAGGAGUUACCGUGGGUCCUCCGUUGGCAGAGUUAGAGGAUACUUCUCCAGCUUCAUUAUCAGAAAGUCUGAACAUUUUCUUCGGUCUCAUUUUGGGCACUGAAAAUUCUCUUCCAGAAUUCGAGCAACUGCAGGUACCAAAACUAAGGUCAGAAGCUUGCAUCCAAUUAGCAAAGUCGCUCGCGGAUGCUUACCAGCUUGUCUACGAUGCUAUAAUGGAUCCCAAGAAUUCUUACCCCGAUCCUAAAUUGCUUGCUAGACAUCCACCGGAUCAAGUUAGGACCAUUUUGGGUAUUUGAUUUGCUUUUGGUAUAUACGGUUUCAUGUUAGUUAAGCAGUUUCAGCUUGGUAAGAAAAAGUAUACACUAUACAUGGGAGAAAUUUUAUGGCAAGAAUGGAGAUUUUGAUGGGUGAUUGAUUUUGUAAAGUGCUGAAUUUACAUCUCUUAGAUUAUGUCAAAGAAAAACUUCAUUUACUAUGAUUGCAAAUUUUAAUUGUUUAUCAUUUAAUUA